AGACACAUAAAAACGCGCUAAUAAUCCAACCACAACAUCAACAUCCCCCCUCGCACACUCCUAAAGUCCUUCGGCUAGAAUAUGCGCUUAGACAAUCAUCAUUCAUUAUAGUAGUGGUAUAUCAUUAAAUACACACACAGAGGAAUCAUUCUUUCUCUUCAUUAACCUCUCUCGCCAUCCAUUUUCUCUCUCUAGGGUUUCCGAACAACACUACCACGGGAUUGAGAAGUUCUCUAUCAGCAUCAACAUCUGCGUGUGUAUAUAUAGGGUUUCCGAACAACACUACCACGGGAUUGAGAAGUUCUCUACCAACAUCAUCUGUGUGUACAAUAUAUAUAUAUAUGUGUGUGUGUUUGUGUAUUUGGCAUCUUAUCGUAUGGAGAAAGCUCUUCGAAGAGUUUAAUAUUAUCAUCAAGAUAUAUUGAUAUAUUAGAUCUCAUUCAUUUCCUUUUUCAUUUCUUGAGGAGUUUUUUCAAUUUAUUGAGGGAGAUCAAGGUUAUUCGAUUUGUUGGCGAUCGUCGUGAAUCGCUGUCCAAGAAUCCAAGGAUUGGGAGGGAGAGAUGGAUAAUGGUGGUGGAAUCGACGGAAGAGGCAAUUUGGCACACAAGUUCUCUGCCUUGGCUGUCAGGACCAAUAAUGACUCUCCCAACUUCAACGGCAACAACAACAACAACAACAACAAUGAUGACCUGAAACAGGUCAUGAAAGCUGUUGAAGCUGCUGAGACCACUAUCAAACAACAGGUGGAGGAGAACACUCGAUUGAGAGCUGAGCUUCAUAAAAAAAUUCAGGAGCUUGAAAAAUAUAAAUCAGAUGACUCGACAGCUCCAAGUCCUCAUUGGCAUGAUCGCAUUCAAGGACCUCACAGAUCUCAUCAUUCAGUUUCCUCUCUGGCAAAUCAAGCGGAUGGAUUUAAAAGCGCAGACAAUACUCAUUUAGAUGAUCCUUCUGGUGCUAUAGUUCAACAAGAUUUAAUGCCAAACGCUGCGAAUACUACCACACAAACUCGUGCAGAAAGCCAAUCUGGUAGCAGCAAGAUCAAUGGGACGUUUAAAAUGCUUCCUAGUGGUCAGACACCUGUAGAUAAUACUGGCUUCUCUCAAUUAUCUUCACCAUCUACAACAUCUUUUUCUCCUAGCAGUUUUCAAGUGGAAGGAAAACAUGAUACACGGUUUGAUUUAUCUGGACAUGGGUUGGUGCCAGUGGCUGAAGGAAACAAUCCUAGCAACCUUUGGAAGCAGGAUCUUGUUGUUAAGAUUCGGGAACAUGAAGAGGAGAUUUUUCAGUUGCGGAAACAUCUUGCUGAAUAUUCUAUCAAGGAAGCACAUAUACGAAAUGAAAAAUAUGUUCUGGAAAAACGCAUUGCUUAUAUGCGUAUGGCCUUUGAUCAGCAACAGCAAGACCUUGUUGAUGCGGCAUCCAAAGCCCUUUCUUACAGACAAGACAUCAUUGAGGAAAAUAUUCGUCUUACGUAUGCAUUGCAGGAUGCACAACAAGAAAGAUCGACAUUUGUGUCAUCUUUGCUUCCUCUUCUUGCAGAGUAUUCCCUGCAGCCGCCAGUUUCUGAUGCCCAGUCGAUUGUAAGCAAUAUUAAGGUUCUGUUUAGGCAUUUGCAGGAGAAGCUCAUUCUUACUGAGGCAAAAUUAAAGGAAUCUCACUAUCAAUUGGCACCAUGGCGUUCUGAUGUGAACUCCUCAAAUUUUUCUCAAUCACCGGCUCGUUCCAUUGGUGUAGCACUGAACAAAAAUGGGCUUGAACUGGUGCCUCAGCCAGCAUAUUCUCAUGGGGACUUACCAAUUUCUUCUUCUGACCCACAGACAACUGCUGAUUGGGGUCUAAUGGGACAUCAUAAGAGUGGUUUAGGUGGUCAAGUUGCAAAAAAUCUGGAGCCUGACGACUUGGGGAGGUAUUCACCUCUUCGAAGCAGGAACUCUACAUUGCAAGAUGUCCCUGCACAGCUUGCUGUAAGCCUGGAUGAUUCACAUCCUGCACAUUAUCGUGAAGAAAACACCCAUAAGCAAGUCACAUUUAGCGACCCUGUCAGCAGCAGUGAGAUGGAUGAUCUCGAUGUAGAGGGACAACAAUUUGAGAGAGAGACUAAUUCUAAUUGGGUCUCAAAAAGCUCUCCUUAUACAGCCGCUGAAGAUCCCAGCUCCUCAUAUUCUCCUUUUCUACAACCAGUUCUUGAAGAACCUUCCUCCUCUUAUUCAGAGGCUGGAGAUGAUGAUCCAUUACCAGCAAUAGAAGCCCUCCAAAUUUCAGGUGAGGCUUUUCCAGGACGGGAACUACAAGCAUGCGGAUUCUCUAUUAAUGGAACAACCAGUUGUAAUUUUGAGUGGGUUCGGCAUUUGGAAGAUGGAUCUGUCAACUACAUUGAAGGAGCAAAGCAACCGAACUAUCUUGUUACUGCCGAUGAUGUUGAUACAUACCUUGCCAUUGAAGUGCAGCCUCUGGAUAACAGGAAGCGCAAGGGUGAACUAGUAAAGGUCUUCGCCAAUGAGCAUAGAAAGAUAACCUGCGAUCCUGAAAUGCUCAAUCAGAUAGAGAAGACACUUUACAAUGGUCAUGCUUCAUAUAGGGUAUCAAUGUCGACUGGGUACCUUGAUAUAUGGGAGCCAGGUACCUUGACCAUCAAGAGGGACGGCUAUACUAUCAAGUGUAUCGGACCGAGUGCUGUUGUUGUCACUGAGAAGUUUUCACAGACAAGUGUUAAUAUUCCAUAUGGACAGGCCACAGAAUUUUCUAUAGUUGGUUCUGGAGGGGUUGAGCGUAUUUUACGGGCAGAUAACACGGCAGAUAUUAGCUGUUCAAGGGAUACAAUUGUUCUCACCAUGAGAUUAUUUAUCAUAAAGGCCGGUGAGAGAAGGAAAGGGAAGAAGAGAGGUUUGUUCUUUAACAAGUAAAAUGCUACUGCUCUUACCAAUUGUCACAUACAAGUGUUGUAUAGGGUGUGUUGUGUACAUUUAAGUUGAAUGAGUGCAUCAUCAAGAUGUUUCUAUUUUAUCUUGUGUACAAUCUUUUGACUUCAACUACAGGCAGAAAUCAGCUUGAAUAUGGCAUGAGCUGAGUCAUUUUUUUACUUUGCCCCCCAAUCCUCCCUUUUUUUUUUUUUUUU